UUAUUUCACAGUGCAGUGGCUGAAUGAAACGGGAGUAUUGAAAACUCAAGAAGUCUACGAUCCCACUGGGGAAAUACAGAAUGUGACCGUCACCUAUGAACUAACCCCAGAAUUGCAGCAUUCCGGACAAAAGCUUACUUGCCGAGUCAAUAUGCGCACUGAUAAGGAGCUUCAAGUCGAGGGAACGCUAACUCUGGACAUUCACUAUCCUCCCAGAAUGAUAAACAUUUCCGCAGAGCCCUCUCUCACCGUGAGGGAAGGUCAGGAUGCCUCGCUGACCUGUACUGCCGACGGCAAUUCUCCUGUCACCAUCGUGUGGAGCAAGUUAUCAGCCGACGGCUGGUCAGUGAUAGCCGAGAACCAACGUACAUAUCAGCUUUCACCGACCCGCAUCGAGCAUUCAGGAACCUACCGCUGUGAAGCCAAAAAUCAGCUGGGAAAAAGUACCACGGAGGUGGAAUUUCGCGUUCAGGGCAGCGCCAGAGACAUCAGACUCUCUGUCACACCUUCUGAAGUGAAGGAGGGAGACUAUGUCACAAACAACAGCACAACCCACUCAAACCCUGAGGGCAGCAAUGAUCUGGGAACGAAGUCUAUUGACACAAAACUCACUGUCCAAGAUCCUCCUAAAAGGACAAACAUUUCCGCAGAGCCCUCUCUCACCGUGAGGGAAGGUCAGGGUGCCUCACUAACCUGUACUGCCGACAGCAGUUCUCCUGUCACCAUCGUGUGGAGCAAGUUAUCAGCCGACGGCUGGUCAGUGAUAGCCGAGAACCAACGUACAUAUCAGCUUUCACCGACCCGCAUCGAGAAUUCGGGAACCUACCGCUGUGAAGCCAUAAAUGAGCUGGGGGAAAUAGUUACGGAGGUGGAAUUUCGCGUUGAGGGUUAUGACUCCCAAAAGACCUAUGGCUGCGGAGAGGGCUGUUUAUGUGGUACCAUCCUGCUCAUUAAGAUUCCUCAGUGGACAGCCAGAGUGGGCUGGUUUGAUGGGCUAAGUCAUUCAAACCUGAUUGACACCUGAGACCCCGUGAGUGGGGAUAAAAGUGAGGUCUGGGGUGACACCCCUCAGACGCACCAGGAGACACACUAGUGAGCAUCAGAAACCCACGAGAAAGUGUGGGACAUCGGGGAACAAACAAAGGAUCGGUCAAUUUUAACUCACAGUGUUUAUAGCCAGGCCGGUGGGGGCUUGUGUGUGUGUCCACCCUUGCCUGGGUGACGAGUCCACCAUGGAAGAACAGUCUAGCUAAAGGACAGAGGGGUCAUGCUCGAAUGGCCACAAUAAACAUCAACGGAUCAAGAUCGUAAAGGAAGGUUUGCAAGACAAUAGCUGUCACUGUUUGAUCGUCCUCUCUCUCGUUCGCUCUCUCUCUCCAACAAUUACAACACAUCGACCAACAACUACCUCAGCCUGUAUGAACUGAACUGAACUUUAUAUUUCCAUGUGACAAUUCAUUAUCCCCUAGACAACGAUAGAGCUUGUUUAUUAUUUAUUAUUAUUCCCACACUUUUAGGUUUAGUAUUGCUAACGUGUAUUAUCUGU